AUGGCUCAAUUUUACCCCGAGAAUACUGAGCUUGUCGCUCGCACCAAGCUUGCAACACUGCAACAUAAGACCUCUAUUCGGGAGUAUGUGAAGGAAUAUUCGGCGUGCAUGUUAGAGAUUUAUGACAUGUCAGAGAAGGAUCGCCUAUUCAACUUUGUGCGGGGUCUGAAAGAUUGGGCUCAAAGGGAGAUAUGGCGCCAGAAAAUUGAUACCUUAUCGGGUGCUAUAGCUGCAGCUGAAAGGUUGAUGGAUUACUCGUCAGACAAAGCGCCCAUCCAGAAGAAGGGGAAUAGUGGGUCAACAUCAAGCACCCCAAGGAGUACCAGUGGUAAUACUCAGGUUAGCUCGAACAGUGUGGGGAAUAGGUUCAGGAAUGGGGGAGAAGACUCGCAGAAGAAUGUCUUCACCGCAUCUACAAACAGAGGUGGGUCCUCGGGCUCAUCAUCAUCAUGGAAUAAACCCCUCACCUGUAUACUUUGUCGAGGGCCGCACAAAUGGUUUGAGUGCCAACAUAAGUCAGAAAUAGACAACCUCCAGAAGAUUCUCUCCUCAAUGUCCUCUAACCCUCAUAAAGGAGAGGACAAAGAGGAGGACAUGGGAAGCGAAGAAGAACCCUCUAAGUUGGGGGCAGUGUAUUGCAUGUACGCUAUGGGAAAAGAAACGUCGGAAGAUAAGGGUCGGGCUACCAGCCUGAUGUAUGUAGAUGUCUGGAUAAACGAGAAGAAGGCUCGGGCGAUGGUUGAUACAGGGGCCACUCACAAUUUCAUCACGAAGCGCGAGGCAAACAGGUUAGGGCUGAGAGCCGUGCAUAGUGGUGGUCGCAUGAAGGCUGUGAACUCUGAAGCACAACCGACUUGCGGCGUGGCAAAGAAUGUGAGCACCAGGAUUGGGGAAUGGAGUGGGAGCCUGGACUUCACAGUGGCAACAAUGGAUGAUUUUGAGCUGGUCCUUGGGAUGGAUUUCUUACACACCAGCAAGGCUGUCUCGAUGCCCCACCUAGGGUCCUUACUUGUGACAAGCCACCAACCGUGCCUCCUACGGACACACGCCCAAGCUGAAAAGGGAAAAGAAUUGAAAGGCCCCCUUCUCUCGGUGAUGCAACUCAAGAAGGGGAUGAGGAGGAAUGAGCCUACGUUCCUUGCCACUCUCUCGAUGAAGGACGAGGAGGUCGAAGGCGAUAUCCCGGAAGUUAUAGGAGAGUUGCUUGGGGAAUAUGCAGACAUACUUCCUAAGGAGCUCCCAAAAUCUCUUCCUCCUCGAAGGGCCAUAGAUCACAGCAUUGAAUUGGUGGCAGGUGCUAGACCACCUGCACGAAGCCCCUAUCGGAUGGCCCCUCCAGAACUUGCAGAGUUACGUAAACAGUUGGACGGGUUGUUAGAAGCUGGGUUCAUCCGGCCUUCCAGAGCUCCCUAUGGAGCACCGGUCCUUUUCCAAAAGAAGCAAGAUGGGAGUUUGAGACUGUGUAUCGACUAUAGAGCCUUGAACAAGCUGACAGUGAGGAAUCACUAUCCGAUACCGUUGGUAGCAGACUUGUUCGAUCAGCUAGGAGAUGUUGUGUACUUCACGAAGCUUGAUCUAAGGUCCGGCUACCAUCAAGUCCGAAUUGCUCAGGGGGAUGAACCAAAGACAGCUUGCGUCACCAGAUACGGCGCGUUCGAGUGGUUGGUCAUGCCGUUUGGGCUAACAAAUGCGCCCCCAACAUUCUGUACCUUGAUGAAUCAAGUCUUCCACGACUACCCUUGA